UGGCAGAGUGAGACCCAAGAGUUCUGCCCUAAUGCCAAGGUGGUUUUGGUCGGGUGCAAACUAGACAUGAGAACAGACCUGAACACACUGCUGGAGCUCUCCAAACAGAGGCUAAUCCCAGUCACGCAUGAACAGGGAAGCACGUUGGCGAGACAGAUUGGGGCAGUUGCUUACAUGGAAUGCUCCUCCAAAGUUUCUGAGAACAGUGUUCGGGAUGUCUUCCAUGUAACAACGCUGGCUUCAGUUAACAAGAUGCACAAACACUUGAAGCGCAGCAACUCUAAACGAGGACUGAAGCGGGUGUCCCAAAUGCCGGGCCGGACAGAUUUGUUGGAAAAUACAGAAAUGAGGAAAGACCGUGCCAAAAGCUGCUCUAUAAUGUGAAGGAACAGGAAACUGUAAAUGAUCUGUAUUUAUUUUUUGCUUUGCAGCCAAACUGGCAUAAACAAAGGAAGGAAGAAAGGCCUGUUGGUGGAGCCUGUGUUUUUUUUUUUGUUUUUUGCUUUGUAACCUGGGCUUUUCCUCAUCCACUAGGCCUCAAAAAAACUGUCUAGUCUCGUAUGUGAGUCAGUAGUGCAGUGGAGCAGGGCCAUUAACCACACUAAACCACACCUUAAAGUGGAGAUGACUUGAAUGACUGUUGCAAUGCUGGUUGCUUGUGAACGUAAUUUAUCAGAAGAAAGUAUAUACAAGUGGGGAAUGUUUGUGAACUGGUAGAGCAAAGAAGAGAUGAUGUGAACUUUUCUGUAUCCUUUUGUUUUCCAAAAUGAUGUUUUGUAUAUGUGGCAUUUUAUUGUUUUUUGUCCUGGACAAACUACUGUUAAAAGUGGCCAACUCAAUAGAUAUGCCAUCACAGGUAGAACCAUGUUUUGGGAAACGUAAUUAAAUUUUAAAAAGAAUCAUGAUUCUAAACAAUUUUAAAAAAUGUGAUUUUACUCGUUGUCUCAUUCUUGCCAUAGUCGUCAUUAACAGCAGACACCACUGAGAUUGUUUAAAUACAAUACAAAUGAAAAUUGUGAUGGUUUGCAUUCCAUGUCCGGGGAUUCCAGACCAGGUCUAAUUGUUUCAUGGAACAAAUUAGACGUUUCUGGUCCUAAAGCAAAUACCUGCUUCAUUUUACCUGUUAAGCGUAGGCCUGAAUUAAAUCAAAGUUUAUGGCCCUGGCAGAGCUAUACUUUAUCAUGGCUGUGGCGCUGUCAUAGUGUUGAUCCCAUCCAGGCCUUUUCCCUACCAUAAACCCUAAUGAUUGUCUAAUGAGUCAAUCAUGUCAGAAAAGAAAACUGUUACCAACAAAGUUGAUGUACUGUACAGAUUCAGGCUUUCUUAUUGUAGGUGUUGGACUGCUGAUCACAGGACAUAUCCCAUUCAAUAUCCAGAAAAUAUUUUUGAUUAAUAACAAAAUAAAUCAUAAAAAGGGGCUAAUUUUAAAAAUAUGUUUUUAUUAUGAUUAGUAAAGGUUAAUGGUGUCUAAACACCAACAAAUUGUGUGCUUGUUGCCAAAAGAAAUAAAAAUCUACCAAGCAUGAAAUCAGGCUAAAAUCACAUCUCUUGAUGUAUAAAACAACAGUUUUACCAAUUUGAGAAAAUUGUCUUCCUGUGAUGAGUAUUCUUAUUAUAUUGCACAUAAGCUUGCACUAUAUAGCCUAGGAUGCAACAUAUCAAAGCUGCCUAUUUAUUACAUUGCAAAAUAUACAAAGUCAGUACUUGCAGUAUGUAGUUGAUUUUCUUUUACGUUUAUUUAAGGCCUACAAUAGCAUUGCUACUUUAUCAAAGCUUAGCUGUUGUUAUCAACCCUGGAAAACUACUGAUGGGUGACUUGUGACCAGCCCUUGGUAUCUUAUUACUUCUUUAAGCUGUCAUUGCCUUUGGUGUAUAACCACGAUACUGCUUAACUUUGAUUUUCACCAUACUAUGCACAGAGGUUUAUUUUCUGUAUCAGAUGUUCCAGAUUGCUAAAUGUA